AUGAUUGGGAGCAUCGACUGCAGGCACUGGCAAUGGAAGAAUUGCCCAACUGCUUGGGAAGGAGAUUAUGGAAAUAGGAAAGGGCUCAAAAGUAUCAUCCUUGAAGCCGUUGCUGGAUUCGAUACAUGGGUUUGGCAUGCCUUCUUCAGAGUUGCCGGAUCUCAAAACGACUUGAACGUCCUGGAUCAAUCCUUGGUGUUCAACGAUGUUUUGAGAGGUGAAGCCUCGAAUAUCACCUAUGAAAUCAACAAUACCGUCUACCAGAAUUGGUAUUAUCUAGCUGAUGGCAUCUACCCAAGGUGGACCACAUUUGUGAAAUCAAUUCCGCAUCCCCGAUCUGAGAAGCAAAAAUUAUUUACUGCCUACAUAAAAGAUGUGGAGACGUGCUUUGGUAUCCGCCAAGCCCAGUGGGCUUUUAUUAGGGGUGCGGCGCCUUUGUUUGAUGAGGAGGUGCUGAGGAGCAUAAUGAUGACAUGCAUCAUCCUUCAUAACAUGAUUGUGGAGGAUGAGUAUGAUUACGAUGCUGCAGACGUGUACGAACCGGAUCCCAUGAACACGGCCUUGACAAGAAUUUAUUGGGGCCAAAUGGAGAACCAGUGCAUCAUGAAUUGUUGGUUAGGGACGGUCGUUUCAUGA